AUGGCAUGCACCAUGGUGGAUCUGUGCUGGAAGCUGUCUGUCUGCUUUUUUUGCUAUCGAAUUGUCUCAGGAAGAGUUCAGAGGGAAGGGCAUUAUGUUGCUGCCGUUUACGAACACGAGUCCAUACUGAGUCCUAAUCCCACAGCCCUGGUUGAUCGACAGUCUGCGCUGGAACUCAUGGGCAGAAACCUGGACAUUUAUGAGCAGCAAGUAGUGGCUGCUGCAAGACAGGGGGCACAGAUAAUUGUUUUUCCUGAAGAUGGAAUCCAUGGCUUCAACUUCACCAGAAGCUCUAUUUAUCCUUACUUGGAUUUUGUUCUGCAUUCACACUAUGAGAAGUGGAAUCCAUGCAGAGAGCCUUACUUGUUCAAUGACACAGAGGUUCUUCAGCGUCUGAGCUGCAUGGCACUGAAGAACAAAGUGUUUCUAGUGGCAAACUUAGGAACUAAGCAGCCCUGUGAGCACAGUGACCCUCACUGUCCAUCUGAUGGGAGAUACCAGUUCAAUACCAACGUGGCAUUCAGUGAUGAGGGGGUGCUGGUAGCCACGUAUCGCAAACACAAUCUGUACUUCGAAUACGCUUUUGAUACCCCUCCAGAGCCUGACUAUACAUUCUUUGAUACCCCUUUUGCUGGCAAGUUUGGCAUGUUCACUUGCUUUGAUAUACUCUUUUUCGAGCCUGCAGUGAACCUCAUCAGACAAUACAAUUUGAAACAAAUUGUGUAUCCAACCGCCUGGAUGAACCAGCUCCCACUCCUGUCUGCUGUAGAAUUCCAACAAGCUUUUGCAACAGCUUUCAAUGUCAAUAUUUUAGCAGCUAAUAUCCACCACCCUACCUUGGGCAUGACAGGGAGUGGCAUAUACACGCCAGUCAAAUCCUUCAUCUAUCACAACAUGGAAAGUUAUGGUGGCAAGCUCAUAGUAGCAGAAAUACCUGUGAUUACCACAGAUUACAAAACCAAGUUGGAGAGUAAGGAAAGAUUCAUAGAGAACUUACAUCACUCAUGCAAGACUUCUACAAGUGCCUCAACGGAUGAUCAGGUCUGCUUUAAAGAGGGAAAAGAGGCACCCAGAAGAGUAUCAGAAGAUGAACACUUACCUCCUCUUUUUUAUGCAGAAAUGAUGUAUGACAACUUUACCUUUAUUCCUGUAUGGGGGGAAAAAGGAGAGCUCCAGGUUUGUGCCAACAGCCUCUGUUGUUACCUAAAUUAUCAGCGAGCUGUUUUAACUGAUGAAUUAUAUGCUUUGGGAGUUUUUGAUGGGCUCCAUACAGUGCAUGGCACAUACUAUGUCCAGGCCUGUGCAUUAGUUAAGUGUGGGGGUCUCAGCUUUAGCACUUGUGGACAGGAGGCUACAAAUGCCACUACUAUGAUAGACUUCCAGCUAUGGGGAAAUAUGAGUACCCCUUAUAUCUUUCCUUUACUGCUGACAUCUGGUAUUACUUUGGACUUUGCUGAUGACAUGGGCUGGAAAAACCACCACUAUUUCAUAAGCAAAAAUAGAACAUCUUCUGGCCUACUGACAGCUGCUCUCUAUGGACGAUGGUAUGAAAAGGACUAGCACAGAUAUUUGACUGAAUCAGGAAAAAACUGCCUGUAUGUUCAGAGUAGACAUCUUAACAUAAAUGAUUGAACAUCUGUACUUCCUAGGACUUCAGGUAUGUUUGUUAAAUGAUGACUGAUUAGAUUC